ACAUUCAUUCCAUUGCAAGUUAAAAUGGCACCACCAAGUCGUCGUGUAGCAUUUUCGGCCAAGGCAAAGAAAAAACAGUUACAGAAUAAACGUGAAGUCAAUAGAGAGCGAGAAAGUCAAGGAGAUGGCGAUUUUUUGGAAAGACGUAAAAAGAACUAUGUUGCCCAACACCUGUUGACUAAUGAUGGACCAGCAGCAGCAGCUAGUUCCACAGAGGCAAUUAACUUGCAACCUGGAAGGGGCAGAAAUAUCAAUCGAUACAACUUGAAAUUUCAUGUGGAAACUAAAGAGGAAAUUGAAGCAAGGAAAGAGUUGGCAAGGCAGGCUAUCGUUCCUGAACCAGAGACAGGCCUUGAAUUGGGAACAGAUUUCUGUUUUGUUCCUGGUCUCGAGUUUCCUCAGAGACCAAAAUGGGACUAUACUCUAACACAACAGAUGCUGGACAUGAAAGAAAACAAGUACUUUCGUGAGUACAUCAAUGAGAUUGAAAAGACAUUUCCCCUCUCUGAAUUGAGCUACUUUGAAUUGAAUCUGGAAACAUGGAGACAGUUGUGGCGUGUAUUGGAAAUGUCAGAUAUCCUGCUAGUUGUUGUUGACGCUAGAUUUCCUUGCUUGCUGUUUCCUCCGUCCCUGUACCAUUACGUUUCACAGCAACUUAAACGAGAUGUUAUACUUGUCUUCAACAAAAUCGAUUUGGUACCCGCGCCCGUGCUAGCGGCAUGGAAAAAUUACUUUCAGACGCAGUUCCCCUUGUUACGCGUUGUUUUCUUCACCUCAUUACCGUCUUAUAACUUACGGGGUGGAGAGCGGAAAACUGGUUUGAAGGCGCAGCGGCGUAAAGGGACCAUGAAAAUGGCUGCAGAAGGAGCCCUUAAAUUGCUUGAAGUUUGCGAAGACGUUUGCGGAAUGCAAGUUGAUCUAAGUGCAUGGCGAUCCAAGAUCAUUGAGGAGAUGACAUCAAAAGGGGAUGACGAAGAACUGGAAAUUGGAGAAGUUAUCCAACAGGCAAAGAAACCCGAUGUAGGUUAUCAUCAACAAGAACGAUUCCAAAGCGGCAUGUUGACUAUCGGAUGCGUUGGCCAGCCAAACGUUGGAAAAAGUUCAUUGAUUAAUGCUUUGAUGGGGAAAAAGGUCGUGAGCGUUUCCAGAACACCUGGUCACACGAAACAUUUCCAAACUAUUUUUCUGACACCGAAUGUGAAAUUGUGCGAUUGUCCGGGAUUGGUUUUCCCUUCCAAACUGCCACGGACGUUGCAAGUGUUGGUCGGUAGCUAUCCGAUCGCUCAUCUUCGAGAACCGUACACGGCUGUUGGCUAUAUCGGCAAAUAUUUGAAUUUGCCAGAGUUGCUUAAACUUGAGCAUCCUAGUGGUGAAAAAUCGAGCGAGGGCGUCGAAUGGUCCGCUUAUGACAUUUGUGAAGGAUGGGCAAUGAAACGAGGAUUCAUGACUAAAAAGGCAGCCCGUCCGGACGUGGCUCGCGCAGCAAACCACCUACUCCGGCUUAGUUUGGAAGGCAGAAUUUCUUUAUAUUUGCGACCACCAAAUUAUAAAGCAGAAGAGAGCAAAUGGCAAUCACAUCCUGAUGUAGUCGAAAUCACCAACAUUCAAGCGCUCGGGAAAAACGAAGACGAUGGUUGGUUGAAAGAAUCCGCUGAGGUGGAUGACGCAGAAUCAGAUGAGAACGAAGACGAAAGUGAAGACGAAAGCGAAGAGGCCAGUGAAGAUGAUGUUCAAGUCCCUGCAUCUAGCAACAAAUUUGCUCUUCUUGAAGAUGACGAUUAAGAGUCUUAUAAUCAAAGCACUACGUGAUACUAAUACAAGAUGAAUUGAAUCACAAAUGAACGUCGUUUAUUUGAAUGAGCACUAGUCGGAACGCUUUUUUUAGUUUCCAUAAUAACAUCAGUUCACAUCGCCAUGGGUUCCAAAGAAGAAGCCACUGAGCAAGAAGAGGAGAUACAUUUUAUUUUAAUAGAGUCAUUCCGGCUUACAAAACUUUUCCAACUCCACAUAAAGUAAAAACUUCCGACACUAUUAAUUAAUCUCCAACAUUUCAGAAAGAAAUUAAUCAGUCUUAAUCGGUCUGUAUGACAACUUCUAGAUGUGAAUUUGUUUAGGUAAGAAAAGAGCCAGAGAAUGAAGAGGUUGGAUUUAGCGUUUUUUUUUUAAAUUCAACCCCUGAUCAAGAGAUUUGAAGUGUAAACAAAGAUCGGCCGAAUAGAAAAUACCAUGCACAUUCUUUCGGUAAGCCAAGAAUAAGAAACCAGAUUGAUCUAAUUUCGCAUUUACUGUACAGAAAAAUCACAACGGGUCAACAAUGUGUCCCUCUUAAUAUAAAAAAAAAGGAGCAUGGAAGCUCCCUAUUGGCCCCGAAUUAGAAUGUGAAAGGCAAGUUCAGUGCCACUUGUAAAAAGUUCGAAAAAUGGAGGUGAAAGAAAACAGAAGAGGAAAAGAA